GCGCAGAAAGCCGAGCUGUAAGCCUAGCGGCAGCUCAGCAUGGAGGGACGCGCGAAUUCCCGGGGCGAGUCCCGCGCCUGGCCCGCCGGGCCCGUGCUGUGCCGCGGCUGCGUGGAGCCUCUCAUCUUCCUUGCCAACUUCGCCUUGGUCCUGCAGGGCCCGGUCACCACGCAGUACCUGUGGCACCGCUUCAGUGCCGACCUUGGCUACAACGGCACUCGUGACAGGGGCAGCUGCACCAACCAUAGCGUGGACCCCACCGCGCAGAAAGUGGAGACGCUUACCUCCCACUGGACCCUCUACAUGAACAUGGGCGGCUUCCUGGUGGGACUCUUCUCGUCCACCCUGCUGGGUGCCUGGAGUGACUGUGUGGGCCGCCGCCCGCUGCUGGUGCUGGCCUCCCUCGGCCUGCUGCUCCAGACCGUGCUGUCCAUCUUUGUGGUACAGCUGCAGCUCCACGUUGGCUACUUCGUGCUGGGCCGCAUCCUUUGUGCCCUCCUCGGCGAUUUCAGCGGCCUCCUGGCUGCUGGCUUUGCCUCCGUGGCAGAUGUCAGCUCCAGCCGCACCCGUUCCAUCCGAAUGGCCCUGCUGGAAGCGUGCAUCGGGGUGGCAGGGAUGCUGGCGAGUCUCAUUGGUGGCAACUGGCUCCAGGAGCAGGGUUAUGCCAACCCUUUCUGGUUGGCCUUGGCCGUGCUGAUUGCCAUGACUCUCUAUGCAGCAUUCUGCUUUGGUGAAACAGUGAAAGAGGCGACACCCGCCCGGCUCUUCACACUCCGUCACCACCGAUCCAUCGUCCAGCUCUAUGUGACCCAGGCCCCGGAGAAGUCCAGGAAGCACUUAGCCCUGUACUCGUUGACCAUCUUCGUGGUGAUCACUGUGCACCUUGGGGCCCAGGACAUCCUGACCCUCUAUGAGCUGAGCACACCCCUCUGCUGGGACUCUAGGCUGAUUGGCUACGGUUCUGCGGCUCAGCACCUCCCAUACCUCACCAGCCUGCUGGGCCUGCGGCUUCUGCAGUACUGCCUGGCCGACACCUGGGUGGCUGAGAUCGGUCUGGCCUUCAACAUCAUGGGGAUGGUGGUCUUUGCAUUUGCUACCAUUACACCCCUCAUGUUCACAGGGUACGGGCUCCUCUUCCUGUCGUUGGUCGUCACGCCUGUCAUCCGGGCCAAACUCUCCAGGCUGGUGAGAGAGUCAGAGCAGGGUGCUCUCUUUUCUGCUGUGGCCUGUGUGAAUGGCUUGGCCAUGCUGACAGCCUCCGGCAUCUUCAACUCGCUCUACCCAGCCACCCUGAACUUCAUGAAGGGCUUCCCUUUCCUCCUGGGAGCUGGCCUCCUCUUCAUCCCGGCCGUCCUGAUUGGGAUACUGGAAAGGGCUAAUCAUUGCCCUGAAUUCCAGCAGUUUUCCCAGAGCCCCUGAUCUGCCUGGACCAGAGGGCAGGGGGCGAGAGGAGCAACGUGAACGCCAACCAGCUGGAAGUACACGCCUCUGGGUCCCAGUCCUCAGCAGCAGCGGCAGCUCCCCUCAAAGGGCAGUGUUCACCUUGGACCAGGUGGUCAAGCUAGACCAAGGCCCCCACCUCAUCCACGCCGUGCCUGCCUGUGAUUCUAGGAUCUGGAAUUGUAACCCAGACAGUCCCACUCAGGGCGGGCGGUGUGGGAGCCAUUUGGAACAGGCAUCUGUUAACCCUUUAGUCCAUCAAUCACAUAGAACCCUCCAGGGGAGAGGAGAGGUCCUGAUGGAGGGACCAGUUGAAGCAUGAGGGCAGCACCUCUGCUUCCAACCCAAACUGUGCAGCCCACCGUGCUCAGUUCACGGCCAAGCAGCUACCAGUCACUCCUUAGUGAUGAAUACGGUACCACUGGUCAGUGCCAGCUCUGGGGGAAGGGAGGGUUGUGGGAGGGACUUGGUACCACCUGGAGGGAGAGUGCUGCUAUCUCUGCGUGGGGAUCAAUCCCCUGGGCUUAGCAGUGCCAAUCAUAAUAAGAAGUCUGUAUAAUCACCCUGGAAUGAAACUUCCGGCCCCCAAGGCAUUGGGCUGUGGGGCCUUCUGUUUUCCUGUUCCUAGUUUGCCCACUGUAGGUCAGAUAGCAGUGGCUGCUGGAAGGGACAGGGGCCCCUGAGUUGCCAUGGGAUUGGUACUGGGCGUGGCCAGCUCAGUCCUCAUCGGACUGCCCAUUCUCUUCUCCGGAGCUGCUGGGAGGCGAAGGGCUGCCACGCUUGCAUCGGGUCAGCAGAGAAGCUCCGGGCAGAGCCCUGGCCGCUCAUUCCUCAGGGUCAGAGACCUACUCCCUGAAGACACCUUGCUGUGGUCUUCCUGGCUACACCAAACCAAGCAGAAUCAGUUUUUGUUACCACUCAGCCCUCUAACACCUCCCAUUGCUGGGCAUUUCAGCAGGGCCAUGUGCUGACACCAUCCCUCGAGCAUCUGUAGCUCAACAGGAACCUGGAGAUGGGCCCGACUCCCCAGAGAAUGAGGGGCCCAUUUCUAGGGCGUUAGGAAAGCCUGGACCUGAAGUUGAAAGGCAGAAUGGGAUUUGGUAUUAAGGCACUGGCUUUGAUGAGGGCCAUAAGCCCCCAAACAAAUCAGAUGACACUUGACUCUUCAAAACAGAAUUGGCCACAGGGCAUGGCCCCCCUGCUGGUAUUUCUACCCUCAUUCUCUCUCACCUGCCCUGCUAGCCAGUUUUCUGGCUAGAAAUCUCGCAGGUAAAACGUGGCCCAGGGCAAACUAGGGUCAGCUGUGGUCCUCUGUAGCCUGGGCCUGUUUCCAGAUUACCAUCUCACUGUCCCCUGUCGUUGGGAGAUCACGCAAGGAGAGGCCCCCUCCACUGACUGUCCCAGCAAUGAGGGUGGUAGGAAAAAGGCUCUGGGCUGGCCUCAGGCCCAGGCUCUACUCCGGGCAUUGCCUCUGGUUCGUGUGUGGCCUUGAGCAAGGCCCUCUAUGAAGGGUUAGAUCAGCAAUGCCUCUAAUUGUUUGAUCAUGGUUGGACAAGUUAGGAAACACUAGAUUAAAUACUGUUUUAAGAUCCUUCCUGUCUCAUACAUUCUAGAAUGGAAUGAAUGCCUCUAUUCGUGGACCUAGGGGAAGGAUAAAUGAGUUGGAGCUGGACUUUUGACUUUUGAGUGUUUCUUGGUCAGUCAUGAGCAAUUCUUGGUCUUGGAGAGGGGUGGGGUGAGGCUGACUCAGCCCCGACCUGGGAGCAGCAGCUACAGCCCAGCCAAGCAGAAAACCCUGACCCCGCAGACCAGGCUGCGAUGCCAGAGCCGGCUGGGGGGCGGGGGGUGAAAGGCUGUCUCUCAGCCCUUUGUCUCAGGACCGGCCCUGUGAGACCACGCCCAGGUGGAAGGUGCGGGCCAGGGUGCCUGCCCUGGCUGCGAUCUGGGCAGUGUUUGUUACGGCCGGGGAGGCUGGCCCCUGAACACACUGGCCUGGCCAGGGGAGGCUCGUCACUUCAGCUGCUCCGGUGGGGCCCGGAGGCUGGGCUGUGAUUC